AUGAUUGCUGAUAAGAAGAUUUUUCGACAAUUUGUCAUGUUAAUUAUUGUACCUUCACUUCUAAGUUUGAGAGCUGGGUUUGGAAACUCUUCAAGGGUGAAUGAUGUUAAAAUCAGGUGCCUAGAGAAGGAGAGAGAAGCUCUUCUCAAGUUCAAAGAUGAGCUUAUUGAUGAACAUGGCCUACUCUCUUCUUGGGGAACAGCCAUAGAUAGAAGGGAUUGCUGCGAAUGGAGUGGUGUCCAGUGUCAUAACCAAACGAAUCACGUUAUUGUGCUAGAUCUUCAUGGCCGGCUUAACAACUCUGGACUUUUUAGUCGUCUACGAGGUAAUGUUAGCCAGUGGUUGCUGGAAUUACGAUAUUUGAAUUAUCUAGACCUAAGUGCAAAUGAUUUCAAUCUUGGUAGAAUCCCAGAAUUCAUUGGCUCCCUAGGCAAAUUACAACAUCUCGAUCUUUCUGCUUCUAAUUUUGGUGGGCCAAUUCCGCAUCACCUUGGUAACCUUACCCAAUUGCAAUUUCUUAGUCUCAAAGGAUACAAUAAUCAUAUGUUAACUAGCACCAAUCUUGAUUGGCUUUCUAAACUUCAUUUGUUAAACUACCUUGAGUUGACUCAUGUGAAUCUCAAAGAGGCGACCGAUUGGAUACAAGCAAUAAUGAAACUACCUCGACUCCAAGAUUUACGCUUGUCAUCUUGUCACCUACAACCUGUCCUUUCUCCCUAUCCCAUGACCAAUGCAUCUAAUUCUCUUUCUGUCCUUGAUCUCUCCGACAAUGAACUCUCCUCUUCUUCGGUAUUUCCUUGGUUGUUAAACUUCAGUAGUACCCUGAGUUACGUUAAACUCGAUUUCAAUAAUUUACAAGGUCCCAUUCCUCAUGCUAUCGGCAAUAUCGUUUCCCUUGAGACUCUUUCUCUCUUUCACAAUGAACUUGAAGGUAGUAUUCCUCUAUCCUUUGGGAAUCUGAGUAGUUUAAAAUUUUUAGAUUUGUCUUUCAACAAUCUUAGUGGCACUGUGACAGAAAGAAUUGGAACCCUUGCCAAACUCAAGUAUUUGGGACUUGAAGCAAACCAACUUGAAGGCAUAAUCAUCGAAGCUCAUUUUUCCAGUCUCUCCCAGUUACAAUAUUUGAGCUUGAACUACAACCCGUGCAUCUCUUUCAAUUUCAGUUCUGGGUGGAUUCCUCUUUUUCAGUUGACUUCAUUGUGGUUGGGGGGUUGCAAAGUGGGGCCACAUUUCCCCAAAUGGCUUAAAUCACAAAAUGAAUUAAUUGAGCUCGAUAUCUCAAAUACUUCAAUUAAAGAUACCUUCCCGGAUUGGUUUUGGGAUCUAUGUCCCAAAUUAGUGGUUUUAGACGUAUCACGUAACAACAUUCAUGGUGUCCUUCCUGAUCUUUCAUCAAAGUUCUUCACUUUCAAUUUCAUAGAUUUGAGUUCUAAUCAUUUUAAUGGUUCAUUACCAAGUUUGCCUCCAAAUGGAUUAGUAUUAAAGCUGUCAAACAACAAAUUUUUUGGUUCAAUUACCGUUUUGCGCAACAAAACUGAUUGGGUUUAUCUUGACCUUUCAAAUAACCUUCUGUCAGGAGAUCUUCCAGAUUGUUUUGCAAAUCUGGAAAACUUGGAGUUUCUUAAUUUGGCACAUAAUAAUUUUUCUGGGAAGAUCCCGUCACUAAAUAGCAUUGCUUCUUUACAUUUACAAAAUAAUAGUUUUACGGGAGAAUUUCCAGCGUCUUUGAAAAAUAUCCCUUUUCUAGAAUUCAUUGAUCUUUCAAAAAAUAAGUUGACCGGUAAAAUACCAGAAUGGUUGGGGGAUAGUUUGCCAGAAUUGGUAUUUUUAAGUUUACAGUCCAAUCAGUUUUCUGGUAAUAUUCCUUCAAAUUUGUGUCAUUUAUCCCAUAUACAAGUCUUGGAUAUCUCUUUGAACAAGAUUUCAGGUGCUAUACCAAAAUGCCUAAACAAUCUCACUGCAAUGAUUCAAGAAGUCGAAUCAGAUUCAUAUAUCGUAGAUCUUCCUUUUAUGCUUGAACAUGAGAGGGCAAAUGUAAGGUGGAAAGGAGAAGAUGCCGAGUACAAAACUACUCUUAAACUGGUGAAACUCAUUGAUCUUUCGAGCAAUAAUUUAGAAGGUGAAAUUCCUUCUGAAAUUACAAGUUUGGUAAAUUUGGUUGGGUUGAAUCUUUCAAGAAACAACCUAAUUGGGUUCCUUCCUCCAAAGAUUGACCAACUUAAGUCUUUAAAUUUUCUUGAUUUAUCACGAAACCAACUUUCUGGUGAGAUUCCUGCCAGUUUUUCUCACUUGGACCGACUUGGAGUGUUAGAUAUGUCACAUAAUAAUUUGUCGGGCAAAAUUCCAUGGACUGCUCAUUUAACAACUUUCAACGCUACAUCAUAUGCGGGAAAUUCAGGACUUUGUGGCCCUCCACUUACAAAAGUAUGCCCUGGAGAUGAAAUUGCUCAAGACCCAAAGUUUAUUGGUAAUAACAGUGGGAUGAAAAAUAUAGAUGAGGAAGACAAGCUAAUCACUGAAGGAUAUUACUUUAGUUUGUUAAUUGGGUUCAUGUUCGGACUUUUGGGAGUAAUCGGGACGUUACUGCUCAAUCAGUCAUUGAGGCUUACAUAUUUCAAGUUCUGGAAUAUAGAGUAG